AGCGUGCACACCCAAGCUCAUCUCUUCUGUCAAUCAUCUCCGUUAAUCGCUUGUCCCUCCCCUUCCGGGGCUACUUCCACUCCUAACUGGUUGGAAUCUCGUGGACUCAAGGAAGUCCCUCUAGUCCCGAAGCUUGCUGGGAGAGGCUGGAGGCGGGGCCCCCUCACUAGACACUGUCACGUGGUACGAUUCGCUUCGCUAUUCCUAUGAGCGGGAUGCCGAGGUCCAAGGUUCCCACUCCGUCGUGCUCGCGACCAUGGGACUUUGUCUCGCCCGCGGGCAGGAUCCCGCCGCUCGACCCCCGCAGCAGAUCCGGUCCCCCGGACACCUCGGCCCGGGGCUCGGCUGAGCGCGGCUUGCCUUUCCCUGCCGAUGGCGGCUCCUCUUCCGGGCCAAGCGGCGGCGCCGGCCCAACGUGGUGGAGCAGUAGCGGCCCCAGCCCUGUGGGUGGGGCUUCCGGGGGAGACCGAGAUUCCUACUCUGGGGACAAGAGUUCUUUUGCAGAGCACGUCAGUGCAUUGAAUUUCACCUCUGUUGCAAGUUCGUCGUCGGCAAGAGAGAGCGGUUUUGCUCCACUAGGAAAGACGCCAUCGGCCUUUGGAAAGCCUCCCAGAUCAGGCUGUGGAAGCAGGACGCCACAAGUGGCAUAUUCAGCGACGCCCUCGUCGGCCGUGUCUGGCCAGGCCGGGGCCUCUGUGCUGGUGGCCAUCGUGGAAGGCAGAGGCCUGGCCCGAGGAGAGAUCGGCAUGGCCAGCCUCGACGUGAGAAGUCCUCAGAUCCUGUUAUCGCAGUUCCCCGACAACACGACCUACACCAAGGUGAUCACCAAGCUCAAGAUUCUGGCGCCCCUGGAGGUCCUGAUGGCCUCCACCGCCUGUGGGCAGGGGGCUUCCGGCAAGCUCUUCGGCCUCAUCACUGACAACUUCAAGAACGUGACUCUCACCACCAUCCAGAGGAAAUACUUCAGUGAAACCAAAGGGCUGGAGUCCAUUGAGCAGCUGUGCGCCCCAGAGUUCAGCACCGUCCUGAUGGAGGUGCAGGCCAAGUACUACUGUCUGGCUGCCGUGGCCGCCCUGCUGAAGUACCUGGAGUUCCUUCAGAACGCCGUGUACGCCCCCAAGUCGCUGAAGGUCCUUUUCCUAGGCAGCGAGAAGACGCUCAUGAUAGACUCGUCCUCGGCCCAGAGCCUCGAGCUGCUGGUCAAUGCUCAGGACUGCAGGAGCCAGCACACGCUCUUCGGUGUUCUGAAUCACACCAAAACCCCGGGGGGGAGCCGAAGGCUUCGCUCCAAUCUUCUCGAGCCUCUCACCGACGUCGGCACCAUCAACAUGAGGCUGGACUGCGUGGAGGAACUCCUCCGCGACGAGGAACUCUUCUUUGGCCUUCAGUCAGUCAUCUCGAGAUUUCUGGACACAGAACAGCUGCUUUCGGCUCUAGUCCAAAUUCCAAAGCAAGACACGGUGAAAGCGUCGGAGUCAAAGAUAACCAAUCUAAUUUACCUGAAGCAUACUCUUGAGCUUGUGGAGCCUUUAAAGGCGCUGCUGGAGAAGUGUCGAACGCCCCUGUUCAAGGCCUACCGCGACUCCUUGGGAGACAGCAGGUUUGGAACCAUCCUUGAAAGAAUUGGAACAGUGAUCAACGACGAUGCCAGAUACCUGAAAGGAUGUCUGAACAUGAGGACCCAGAAAUGCUACGCGGUGAAGUCCAACAUCAAUGAAUUUCUGGAUAUAGCCAGAAGAACGUACACGGAGAUCGUCGACGACAUAGCAGGAAUGAUCGCGCAGCUCGCAGAAAAGUACAGUUUGCCUUUGAAGACAAGUUUUAGCUCCGCUCGAGGAUUCUUCAUCCAGAUGAACACGGAUUGUUCGCUAUUGCCCAGGGCUCCGCUUCCAUCCGAAUUCAUUAAGAUCACCAAGACGAAAAGCACGUACAGCUUCACGUCGGCGGACCUGAUCAAAAUGAACGAGCGCUGCCAGGAGUCGCUGAGGGAGAUCUAUCACAUGACCUACAUGGUCGUGUGCCAGCUGCUCAGCGAGGUUUACGAGCACAUCCAUUGCCUGUACAAGCUCUCUGACGUCGUGUCCAUGGUCGACAUGCUCCUGGCCUUCGCUCACGCGUGCACGCUCUCUGAUUACGUCCGGCCUGAGUUCACGGACACCCUCGCCGUGAAGCAGGGCUGGCACCCCAUCCUGGAGAAGAUCUCGGCGGAGAGGCCGGUGGCCAACGACACCUACAUCGCGGAGGGGAGCAAUUUCGUCCUGGUGACCGGACCCAACAUGAGUGGGAAGUCGACCUACCUGAAGCAGAUCGCUCUUUGCCAGAUCAUGGCCCAGAUUGGCUCCUUCGUGCCGGCCCAGUACUCCUCGUUCCGGAUCACCGAGCAGAUUUUCACUCGGAUCAGCACAGACGACGACAUGGAGAGCAACGCCUCGACCUUCAUGAAGGAGAUGAAAGAGAUCGCCUACAUCCUCCACAACGCCAACGACCGCUCGCUCAUCCUCAUCGACGAGCUCGGCCGGGGGACCAGCACCGAGGAGGGCAUCGGCAUUUGCUUCGCCGUCUGCGAGUACCUGCUCGGCUUGAAGGCAUUUACACUGUUUGCCACUCAUUUCCUGGAAUUGUGCCAAUUGGACGUCUUCUUCCCCAACGUGGAGAACCUCCAUUUUGAAGUCGAGCACGCGAGCCGCUCUCCGAGGGGCCGAGAGGCCAUCACCUACACCUACAGACUUGCGAAGGGGCACACCGAGGAGAAGAAUUACGGGAUCCAGGCUGCAGAAGCGUCCUCACUCCCACAGUCCAUCAUUUCAGAGGCCAAAGCGAUCCGUGCCCAGGUCACCAGGCAGAUGCUGGAACGGCAAAACCAGAACAGCUCUCCAGAGACUACCAGACGUAGGGCUGUAUACCGGCUGGCCACCAGGCUCCUUCAGACAGCCCGGAACUCUCAGCUGGACGCCGAGAGCCUUCGGCUCUACCUGAAGGGCCUCAAGAUCAGCUUUGAAGCUGACGUGUCUGGUGCCAGAGAGGGAGCAGAUGAGGCCCAGGAUGAGUGAAUGACAUCUUGGCUGAAGCCAGACACUUGCCCUGGGCAUGCCAUUGCAGCUGAGCCUCAGCUCCACCACCUGGCCAUGUUCAUUUGUUACUUUGACAAAGAUCUUUUUUUUUUUUUAAUUUUUAUUUUUAAAAGAUUUUUUAGUGUUUACGUAUUUCAUUUUCUUUUCUUCCCCUUCCCUCUUCCCCCUCCCAGAUCCAAUAAGUACUUCCGCUGGGUUAUGCAAGUGUUAUCAUUUAUAUCUCUGUCCAUAAUUAUUCAUUUUUGUAAUAGAGCAAUCUUUUAAAGUCAAACCCCCCAAUCCUGUAUCCAUAUAAACAGAUGAUAAAUUAUUUGUUUUUAUUCUUGUUUCUGCUCCCACAGUUCUUCCUUUGGAUGUGGAUGUUAGCAAAGUCAGUUACAUAUGAUUGUGCUACAAUGUAUUUGUCUCUGUGUACAACAUUCUCUUGGUUCUUCUUUCACUCUGCAUCACUUCCUGGAGGUCCUUCCAGUUCACAUGGAAUCCCUCCAGUUCAUUAUCCUUUCGGCACAGUAGUCUUCCAUCCCCAACAGAUACCACAAUGUGUUCAGCCAUUCUCCAAUCGAAGGGCAACCCCUCAUUUUCCAAUUUUUUACCACCACAAAGAGCGCAGCUAUGAAUGUUCUUGUACAGGUCUUUUUCCUUAUUAUCUCUUUGGGAUACAAACCAAGCAGCACUAUGGCUGGAUCAAAUGGCAGACAGUCUUUUAUCGCCCUUUGGGCAUAGUUCCAAAUUGCCCUCCAAAAUGGUUGGAUCCAUUCACAACUCCACCAGUAAUGCAUUAAUGUCCUGACUUUGCAACAUCCCCUCCAGCAUUCAUUACUUUCCUUUGCUGACAUGUUAGCCAAUUUACUAGGUGUGAGGUGACUCCUCAGAGUUGUUUUGGUUUGCAUUUCUCUGGUUAUGAGAGAUUUAGGGCACUUUUUCAUGUGCUUAUUGAUAGUUUUGAUUUCAUGUGAAAACCGUCUAUUCAUGCCCCUUUACCAUUUGUUGAUUGGAGAAUGACGUGAUUGUUUGUACAAUUGACUUAGUUCCUUAUAUGUAGGAAAUUAAACCUUUGUCAGAGGUUUUUUUGUAAAAA